UCGCGCUGCCCGUGUGGAGGCUGUGGAAGCUCACUGACCGCCAAUUCGAGUUGCGCUAUAGACUGUGUCGCGUGCCAUAUUCGUUCUACUGUGUUGUGUUGAAUUCUGGUGACGAAUUCCAUCGAAUUGCACGCAUCUGUGACUGCGUUUCGAGACGGAGCGGGGUGUGUUUAGGGUAGAGGGGAGGAGAUGCGACUUGAGGAGAUGAGGAGGCCUCCGUCUGGACAGGGCGAGGCCGAGAUCGGCCAGGAGGACCGCCUCUCCGACGGCAGCACGGACAGAGCCAUGAGUCAGGAUGCCCGAUCGGUGGACUCUCAAGUGUCUGGUGACCUGGCUGACCUUGACCUCGGCGAGCUGGAGAAGGUCGAGCGGGUCAAGGUCGACCGGAAGAAACUGGAGGACCUCUUGUACGGAUCUCCAGUUGCCGUGGAGGAGUUCUUUAUGAAGAUUGAAUCCGACACCAACACGCGUAUACAGUGGCCUAGAGACUGCUCCUCGAAACGAGACCCCCAGGUUCGUGUCAUCGGUCUCUCUAGUGACGUGGACGCGGCCCGGUCCAUCAUCCACCGCGAGCUCGGAAUAAGGAACAUGAACCGAGCGUCUCUAAAGGUGGACGUCAGCUAUACCGACCAUAGCCACAUGAUCGGCGUAGGCGGGAAAUGCAGCAAGGACCUCUCCAAUCGAACAA